AUUUCACCAUCUUCAACUUACCGAUCGCAAGUCAAGAUGCCCUCCAACAAGACUUUCAGGACCAAGGUCAAGCUCGCGAAGGCUCAGAGGAAGAACAGGCCCAUCCCUGCUUGGUUCCGCAUGAAGACCGACAACAAGAUCCAGUACAACGCCAACAGACGUCACUGGCGUAGGACAAAGCUCGGUCUCUAAACGCGCACCAUCUAUUUUCUUUUUGGUCGUUCGUUCCGAGCCUGCGCCCCAGAGACUGCCCAUCUGUCUCGGUGCUGCAUGACACCUCUCGAUUCACCUCCCACCCACGGCAUCAAUCAUUCUCAGAGAGACACUCUCACGCACACCACACACAUGUACAUCUAGGGUUUUCAUGUCUGCCAGAGAGCAUGCUGAAACUUUAAAAAAUCAAGAUUCCGCUCGUCGCCCUUUGUUCUCCGAUGCUUCCACGUCCUUGCGUCCAGUCCUUCGCCAG